GGUCAGGAGCAGGGGAAGGUGUGGGGGAGAACGAUGGUGAUGGUGAGAUAUCCCUCAUGAGCAGGGAAGGUGUGGGGGAAGAUGGGAUGGUGAGAUGUCCAUGUCUGUCAAGUUUGACUUGCUUUCUGGAAUGGAAAAUGGCACUACACUAUGCAAAACAUGUGGCACUUUACCUUUACAUAUGAACUCAUUUUCAGCACCUUCACAAACGAGCCAUACUCCUUGUGAUGUACACAUAAGAGUUUGUAUGGGACUAAACAUCACAGAAUUCAGUAUGGCUCGGUCUGACACUACUGAACCACAGACAGGAGCUGGAGUGGCAGGUCGAUGGAGAAGGUUUCUUGUAGGUAGUCUGUCAUGACCAGGACAUUCAUAAUGAUAGACCAACACUCUGGACACAUUCACACAGGCAUCAACACUUUUUAGUGCAAGCCUAAAUCCAAUAAAUGUCUCAGAAUCAAAGAAGAAUGUUUGGUACCACUGGAAGCCCCUUUGGUGUUUCGAACA